CUUUUCUUCCCUCCCCAUGAGCCCAGCAGGGAGGGCUCAGGGUAAAUAAAUAGCAGCCACCUACACCCAGCAGGCAGGGACCAGCUAGUCCUCCACAGGAAUCAGCACCAUGAAGCUCUUCACAGGCCUCAUCUUCUGCUCCCUGGUCCUUGGAUGCAGCAGCGAAGGCGUCUUCUCCUUCAUGAGUGAAGCUUUUUUAGGGGCUAAAGACAUGUGGAGAGCUUACUCGGACAUGAGAGAAGCCAAUUUCAUAGGUGCAGAUAAAUACUUCCACGCCCGGGGGAACUUUGAGGCUGCCCGGAGGGGCCCUGGGGGCGAAUGGGCUGCUAGAGUGCUCAGCGAUGCCAGAGAGAAGUCUCAGAGGGUCACAGACUUUUUCAAGUAUGGAGACAGUGGCCACGGAGAGGAGGACUCGAGGCAGGACCAGAUAGCCAAUGAAUGGGGCCGGAGUGGCAAAGACCCCAAUUACUUCAGACCUCCUGGCCUGCCCAGCAAGUACUGACCCCUUCUCUGUGCUCCCAGGACCGGGGCUGUGACCCCCUGUGGGCAGAGACAGAGUCAUCCAGUUCUACAUCUCCAUUUGCUGACUGAGUGCACCUAAUGGGUGUGUAAUAAACGCUUAGCAGAUGGAAUGAUGAAAA